AUGCUCCGUAUCAGCUUCACAUCCCUCUCUGCCUCACGCCUCGCUAUCGCCAUCACCCCACGCUUCCUCGCCUCUGCGCCGCGUACUCCGCCUCCCCCGCAACCCGAGCCAAAGCCCAAGCCCAAGCCCAGGUCCAAGGCCCGCGCCCUGACACGCGCCUACAACGCACAGCUCGCCUCACUCUACGGCCUGGCCAAGGCCAGGUUCCCGGCCCGUGCGCCCUACGCCCGCCUCCGUGCUGUCUUUGACGAGCUCUGCGCGUCGUCGGCCACCUCACCCGACGCGUACUCGCUCCGCUACGCCAUGCUCGCCGCCCUCCUGCACUCGGACGUGGGCGCCGCCCGCGCCUGGCGUGACUCCCAGCCUGCCGCUCUCGACGACAUUGCCGAGCGCGCGUACAUCGAGGUCCUUGCCCGCGGAUCCGACGACGACCUCCACUCUGCGGUCUCGGCCGUCCUCGACAACGCGCUGCUCCACGAGCCGUCGGCCCAUCUCUACGGCAGCCUCAUGCUCGCACUCGCCUCGCCGCGCCGGACUGCACCGCCGCCGGCCGAUCGCCUUGCGCUCGCGCUUUCGCUCUCUGACCACAUGCACGCGCGUGCGCGCGUGUCACCGACUGCGGUCCACUACGCCUCGCUCUCCGCCCUUGCCCUUGCAUCCGGCCAGCUUCCGCUCGGCAUGCGGGUGCUUGAACGGAUGGAUGCCGAAGGUGGCAACGCUGCGCCCACCCCGGCCACCUUUGCGUCGCUCUUCACCGCCCUCCGCACCCUCUCUCGCUCGCGGGCCGCGCCGCCGCCGCCCGACCUCGUCGCCCUCGGCGACGCCCUCUACGCCGCCAUGCACCUCCGCGGCAUACCGCCGCAUACCAGGGUAUUCAACGAGUUCCUUCGGCUCCUCGCUUCGCUCGCGCCGGCCUCUUCUGCCGCACGCCAGCGGGCGCUUGCUCUCUGGACCUCGCGCGCUGAACUCACCACCCCGCUCGAUGAUCACUCGUACAUGCUCGCCCUCCGCGUUCUCGACGCUGAGGUCGCCGCUGCCCCAUCCGCUGCCCGCCCGGUCCUCAGCUCCAUGAUCGACGUCUUUCAAGACUACCUCCAAUCCAAGCUCGACUCGGGCUCGGCCUCGUCUGCCCGCAUGCAAUGGGAGCUCGUCCUGCCCAUCCUCAACGUUGGUGCUUCCGCCCUCGCUCCCGCCCCAAUGUCGCAGUACCUCGGCCUUGCCGCUGUCACCGCUGCAGAAGUGGAGCCGCCGACCUCGCCGCCGCCGCCGCUCCAUACCCGUCUCGCUCCCGUCCUCGCCGCCGUCCGCACCGCCUGGGCCUCCUCCGCCACCGUUGACCAGUGGCUCGACCUCAUCGCCGCCCUCCGCAUCGAUCCCCUAACCUCGCCGCGGCUCAUUGUCAAUCUUCUCCCGUCGCAGCCGCUGGCGCUCGAAACGCUCCGCAUUCUUGCCCGCCUCCACUCUGGCCAUCCCGACCUCAACCUCCUGCUUCAUGCCCUCGAGUCCGGUACUGGCUCGCUCCGCAGCCUCUACCCAGCCUUUGUUGCCGGCGCGCUCCGCUCCAAGGUCUCGCCGGCCGAGCUGUGGCAGACCGAGCUUGGUGCCGCCCGUGCCGCCUCCAUCCAGGGGCCCGCCCACGCCGUCGCCCUUCUUUCCGACUCGCUCUCGCUCCUUCCACCUCCGCCGCUCAAGGCCGACCCUGAUCUCGCUGAUGCCAUCCUCGCCGUCACCGCCCGCCUGGGUGCCGUCGAGCUCGACACCGCCACCCAGCUCCUUCGUGCCGUCCUCAAGCCGGCCUCCAUCGACCUCGACCCGGCCGCACCGGUCCGCGGCUACAAGCGCAUGUGGUACACGCUGAGUGUCCGCAUGCUCGCCCGCCUCACCGCUGCCGCCCUCGGUCCCUCUGCCUCUGCUUCCGACCUCCGCACCUAUGCAGAGUCACUUGCUCGCUCCGCCGGCCUCGUCCUCUUUGAUCCGUCUGUCUCGGCCGGCCGCCAGCGCCUCGACCGCGUCCAGGCCACCGCCGCCUCUCUCGGCUUGCUCUUUGCCACCCGCGACGCCGUUCGUCCCUCCCGCCGCACACCUCUGUCGUCCCCGUGAAACACCUGUUUACA